UCCCGAUCCGAAUCGGGUCAUCUUGGUUAGUUCGCAUCGAGCAGUGUUCCAGUGCAGCAGAUUGACCAAACCAUCCUUUUCAGAUCCCGGUGCCACCAGGAUGGCUCAUCGUAAAGGUGUACUAGUGGGAGUGGCCAUUUUGGCUCUUUGUGUGGUUGGUGCCUCCACGUCAAUGAGCAUGUGCCAAUGCAGCCUUACGCAUAGUUGCGUCAUUGGAAAUGUUAACGGUGUCCAGCUGAGCACCAACGCGAUGCAAUGCACGCUCAAUCAGACCGACAUUAACGAUCUGCUGAUCGUGCGCUACAACGACACCGAGCUGAAGGCGGGCGCAUUCAGCCAGUUCGUUAACCUGACGAUGUUGGAGAUUUUCCACGGUUCGAUGGAGACGAUAGAGUCGGGCGCGUUUGCGAAAAUACCGGACAUGUUGAAGAUCGUCAUCCAGCAUAACAAACUGGUUACACUGAAAGACUACACGUUCGACGGAUUGGACGAGCUACGGCUGCUUUCGUUGGCAUUCAACAAUCUGACCAGCAUCAGCGCGAAUGCGUUCGCAGGACUCAAGAAUCUCAGCUACCUGGUACUGACGGGCAAUUCCCUAAACCAGCUGCCCGCGGCUCUGUUCCAGCCAACACCGAAACUAUCGUCGAUCAUUGUGAGCCACAACGAGCUAACCUAUCUGCCGCCAGGACUGUUCGAUCCAGUGGGCUACGUGUCGCGACUAGACUUGUCGUACAAUAAGCUGCCAUCAUUCCAGUUCCCGAAGCUGAACGUAACGCUGCUGAUGCUGCAGAACAACUCGUUGACCGAUCUUGCCCUCAACGAUCACGUGGUUUACUUGAAGGCGGAACAUAAUCGAAUCUCGCGCCUCACCGGAACCGGCGCUAACCUGACCACGCUCAUCCUCAGUGACAACGCCAUCACGGACGUGGCACCUCUGUUGAGUAUGAAGAAGCUGUCGAAGCUGGCGCUCAAUGGCAAUCCACUCAAGCCGACCACUGUGUUCAACGGGUUCGAAGGGCUCCUCCAGCUGAUGAUCAGCAAAACUAACAUCCAGAUAACCGAGCAAACGUUUGCCAAUCUGUCCCAUUUGGAGCUACUCGAUCUGUCCUACAAUGGUCUGACCGAGCUAGAUUUCCACAUGUUUUCCUCGCUCAUCGAACUGGAGAUACUGAUCGUGGCUUUCAACCAAAUCGAAACGAUUAAUUUCAUCGAGCUGCGCGAGAACUUGCCCAAUCUGCAUGUGCUGGAAAUUUGUGGCAACGGUUGGAACUCAACCUACCUCAAUACCGUCUUGACUCACAUGCGCCGGUACCAUCUUUCGGCGGACAUGCAGGGUCUGUCCUCGUUCUUCCUGUUCUCGCCCAUGUUCGUUGAGUUGUGCUCUACGGCACCGAACCACCCACCGUCCUCGGACGAGGAUGAUAGUCUCUACUCGGAGGAUAUUAUCGAUAAGGAUUUCCAAGAAUUCUACCCCACCACCCCGGAACCGAGUACCACCGAGAAGUUGCUGCGCACGAUGCUCUCAACCAGUAAAGCAGCCAGGCCAGAAACUACUACCCCGAAGUCGAUGUUGCGCAAGCAAGCGAUCGCUCUGCUGGAAACCGACGCGGACAUGGGACCGACCGGUGAUGGUGCACCGGUGCCACCGAACCCACAACCAACAUCCGCCUCAUCGCCGCUCAUGAUGACCUUCCAGGUGUUUGUUUAUCUGUUUGCCGUGUUUGGUGUCGUUAGUUUGGCCGUGCUCAGUUACUACAUGCGCCAGCGUCGCUUCGAUGUGCGCCGCAUCUCACCGAUGGACAUCCCGGACUCCGUUCGGUUGGUGUAAAAAAUUUGGGAAUUAGUCACAGCGAUCGCCGGCACAAGCAAGCUGGAACCAACGGCGCGAGACGAAGGUUGUUUAGGUUUGUUCACAUUCACGCUCCAGAGAGACAAAGAGAGAUAAGCGCCGUCCAGCAGUGUCCGCCAAUCGAAAAUCUUACAUUUUGCUACACCCAGUACUGUAUUUAAUCGUCGGUUUGAAUUUGAACCUCUUGUUGACCCCCGUAAUGUGCUGAUGACGUGUUGCCUCAUCGGGCCCUUCGUGUGGUUCGUGGUCAAUUCAACAUGUAAUCUCGAAUGCUCUCGUGUUGUUAAAAAUCAUCAAUAAAGUUGCCUUGUACCGCACGGAGAGAGAAUCUUGAUGCCAUAUAUUUAUAAUGUGAUUAAAGUGAAUCAAUAACAAACCAAAC